GAAACAACUUCUUGUUAGGCUACCACUCGCAAUAUGGCUGAACAGGACGAAUCCGCCAAACUAUGGAAGGUCAACCGGACAAUACACGAGCUCGUCAAGGAUAGGGGGUAUCAAGUGUCCGACGAGGAGAUACACAUGGACCUUGCAACGUUCCGGAGCCAUUAUGCCAAUAGCGGGGGCAGCGUGGACCGUAACCAGCUAAAUUUCUUCACCAACCAUACGUAUAACCCACAAGAUCAAAUUUUCGUCUUCUUCUCAGAAGAGAAAAGCGUCGGCGUGAAGACCAUGCGCAAGUUACUCGGCAUCCUGGAGGAGAAAUCGAUCCAGCGGGGCAUUAUCAUUUUUCCAGGCAACAUGACGCCCUCAGCUCGGAAAGUCAUUGUUGCUAUGUCGCAACAGUUCAAGCUGGAGGAGUUCUCCGAAUCCGACCUACUCGUGAAUAUCACGCACCAUACGCUAGUACCGCGGCACGAGGUACUCUCUCCGGAAGACAAAAGGAUUUUGCUAGAACGAUACCGGCUGAAGGAAACGCAGCUACCGCGUAUCCAGCUGGCGGAUCCAGUUGCUCGAUACUAUGGCCUCAAGCGAGGACAGGUCGUCAAAAUCACAAGACCAAGUGAAACGGCUGGACGCUAUGCGAGCUAUCGAAUAUGCUUUUAGUUGUUUUCCAUGACUGUGUCUCUCGACCCCUUGACGGUUCAUCGCCUGCACAUCACUGUACUCGGCUAUUAUAAUUUGCACUCAUGUAUUUGCCCUCCUCUUAGUUUUGUAUCCCAUCAACGGUAUUUUUGCGGUCUAGGAGAGGCGCUCCAGCGCGCUAUACAAGUGUAUCGCC